AUGUUGUGCUCUUCAAGCAAUGGACAUUAUGACUCUGUAUUUACAAAAACUUUUCAAGGAAAUGCAGCCAUAUGUCAAGGUAGGUAAAAAGUUUUUUACACUUUAACAUGUUUUUCUCAAUUGUCAUGUAUUUUAUCUUUUAUCCAAGCAUUAAGAGUUUACUGUUGUGGUUGCUGCUUAGAGUACCCUAUUCCAUUACCUGGUUUUAAUACCAAACACUUUACAGUUUCAGAUAAUCCCUGGGCUCUUCUUGGGCCAUCAUAAUGUAGGGUUAACAGUAUUCACACUAUCAAUCUCUGGCUGAGAGUGUUGUGCAAAUCCAAGAAGCUAUUUGGUUUAUAUUUUUAUUAAUGGCAUUUAUAAAGCACCAACAUAUUCCGCAGUGCUGUGGUUCCAAACAGCUGGGAGAGCAUGCUAUAUAGAUGGAAGAAACCAGGGUUGGUGGGUAGAGAUGAGGAAAACUAAAUGGCUUUGUUGCAGGGAUGGAUGCAAGAUUGGACCUAAAGAGUAGAGAUAUCAUUACUUAAAUUAAUUUAUAUCUAGAAGUGGCAAACUGGGUACAGAAUCUGUCUAUACCUCAAAGCUGCAGUCUUCAAAUAAAUGGCCUAUUACACCAUUACUAAAUUGUUUGCUAUUAAGCCAAUGCACAGCACUAGGGCACUUCAGAUAAAGUAACCUCUGAGAAUCCAAUUAACUGUGCUUGAUUACAGUUAUCUAACUCUGAUUUCACAAUGUGUUUUGCAAUCUUUUCUUAUUUACUUGAAUUGUAAACUAUAAAAAUAAGCUGUAAAAAUACAGGCUGUUUAUAGACUAGGAUUAUCUGAUGUGCCCCUUUCUUAUCCUGUCAUUGAUAGUAAUGGGGAUGAUGUAUAUACGAAGAGCAUGGCAGUUUGUGCUUUGAAUCUUUAUAGAGCCACACAGAAAUAUUGGCAGGGACACAGUGAUCCUAUUCUCAAAUAUGUAUGAAUGAACAUCUGUAUGGCAACUGACUUGAAUAUUAUUUUAUGGGUGAGAGAUUGUCCGUAUAAAAGGUGUAUUUAAAAGAAAGUCUUUUAGUAAGAGUUGGGUUCCUCCUGAUGUGGGGUGUGUGUGUGCUAAUGCUUCCAAGCCUGAUCGUUUGUCAGAAAACUGAGAACAGUGUAAAGAUUUGUGGAUCAACAAAUACCAGCUUUACAUUGUUCAAGUGGCAACAGAAGCUCCUGCAUCUAUCAAAAAAGCAAAAUUGAUUCAAAAUGCACCAAGAAGCAACUGUUGUAUAAUGUUCCUAUUUUAUUUGCUUUAUUCUGUUUUGUAUAGCUGUUCUGUACGAAUGUCUGUACAGAGAUGUCUUUGGCGUGGACGAGAGAGAAUUGAUUUCUGCUGUUGAACUUUUCCGAAGUGGCACUAAGAAGAAUCGCAAUAGUGCAUCCACAGGCAGUGAAGAUGCUAGCUUUGACUGUGUCCCAGAGCAAGCAAGUGAUCGGAGGUAAUUCAGAUUGCCACCUGGCCAGUAUCUUACCAGCACAGUUGGUAUUAGAGGCUCUGUGGCUGGUGCUAGUAUUGCCAAAAAAAGCAAUGCAAAUACAACUUUUUUUAAAAAUCUAAGUUUGCUCCAGGGGAGCUCCCCAGCUGGAAGAGGGAUUUAGAUCUGACUAGCCAAGAGCUCUAUUUUCUUCAUGCAGCAAUAAAAAUCGGAAGAGGGAAUGUCAUCCUCUGUUUACAAAGUAUCCCAGAUUCACACUUUACAGGUGCAAAGUCAUAAAGGCUCAUUCAAGUAACACCCUGAAGAGUGAAAUUGCCACCUGCAUUCCGCCGUAAUUACAAUGUCUUUAAGGAGGGUGUGGGGAAGGGAAGCUGUUGAAAAUACAUUAUCUUCAUCCAAGAUUAUUUAAUUUUUUUGCUUGGGAGGGGGUGAAGGGGUUAGUGAGUUGUAUCAGGAGAAGCUAUGUAGGGGGACCUAUAGAUUACUACGAUCCUUACUUUCAUUUCCCUUUUUGAGGGAUGCCAUUGGAAACAAGUAGAUACACAACUCCCCUGGAGGGUCAUCACCAGGUGAGCACAAGCCAUGGUGUCACUGUAAGGGAUAGUAUACUUGGUUUCACAUUGUCAGUGAGUUAUUUCAUAGUGCAUAGGCCAGUUAUUAACCUCUUAAGGACACAACUUCUGGAAUAAAAGGGAAUCAUGACGGGAUAUUUCUGUCAUGUGUCCUUAAGGGGUUCAUGUAGGUAAUCUGUGUAUGUGUUAUCAAUACACACAUUUGUGUGUAAAGUGUAGAUGUGUAUGUUUAAAUAAUGUGUGUGUAUAUUGACAAUAAGGUCUAGAAAUAUUUGAACACUGACACAAUUUUCAUAAUUUUGCCUCUGUACACCACCAUAAUGAAUUUGAAAUGAAACUGAUUAAAGAGCAGACUUUCAGCUUUAAUUUAAGUGAGUUGAACAAAUAUAUUGUAUGAAACAUUUAGGAAUUGCAGCCAUUUUCAUAUGCAGUGCCCUUCUUUUAGAGACUCAAAUGUAAUUGGACAAAUGAACACAAUCAUGUAUAAAAUGUAAAAAAAAUUUAUACUUUGUCGUAUACUUUGCUUGAAGUCUUGAACACAUGGACAUCCUUCUUUGUGAUGCUUUACCACACCUUUAUUGCAGCGGUCUUCUGUUGUUUUUGGGUCUUUCUUCCUUAUGUUUUGGCUUCAGCAAGUGAUAUGCAUGCUCAAUUAGAUGAGAUCAGGUGAAUGACUCUGCCAUUGCAGAAUAUUCCACUUCUUUGCCAAACAAAGUGUCCUGGGCCACAUUCACCUUUGUUUUGGGUCAUUGCCUGUAAAGUGAAGUUCCAUCCAGCCAACUUGGCUGAAUCUGAUGACACAAUAUAUCCCUAUACACUUCAGAAUUCACCCAGCUGCUUCUAUCUAUUGUCAAAUAAUUAAUAAACAUCAGUGAUCCAGUGCCAUUGGAAACCAUGCAUGCCCAUGCCUUCAAACUGCCUCCAUUGUGUUUUACAGAUGAUGUGGUAUGCUUUGGAUCCUGAGCCGUUCCAAGCUUUCUCCAUACUUCAUUAAUGUUAUGCCUACGUCCUGGAUAGUUUUCUUCACUUCACCGGGUGUUGUCAAGGGUUUUUUCUUAACCAUGGAAAGGAUCCUACAAUCAUCCAGCACUUUGUUUUUCGCGGACAUCCAGGCCUUUUGUGUUGCAUAGCUCAUCAGUGUGUUUUUUUUUUUUUUUUUCAGAAUGUACCAAACUGUUGAUUUGGCCACUCCUAAUGUUCCUGCUCUCUCAAUGUUUUUUUGUUUUUUUUUUUUGCAGCCUAAGGAUGGCCUAUUUUACUUGCAGUGAGCACUCCUUUGACAGCAUGUUGUUGUGGCUACACAGCAACAGCUUCCAAGUGCAAAUGCCAUACCUCGACUCAAAUCCAGACUUUUCACCUGCUUAAUUGAUGAAGAAAUAAAAAAGGAGUAGCCCACAUCUGCCUGUUAAACAGCUUUUAUGUCAAUUGUCCAAUUGCUUUUUGUCUCUUGAAUAAGAGGGGACUAAAUAUUAAAUAGCUGUAAUUCCUAAACCCUUCCUCCAAUUUGGAUGUCAAUACCCUCAAAUUAAAGAAACACUAUGGUCACCAGAACUACAGCUUAUAUUUGUUCUGCUCAGUAUAAUCAUUCCCGCCAGGCUUUUUGCAGUAAACAGUCUUUUCAGAGAAAAUGCAGUGUUUACAUUACAGACUAGGAAUACCUCCACUGGCCACUCCUCAUAUGACUGUCAGGGUGGCGGUCCGGUACCUAUAUGAAAUGCAGACCUCCCAGGAACUAGAUAGGGUCUUACCUGGGUUGGGAGUCUGUAGCGCAGAUAUGUUGCUCACCCUUGCAGAUGGCCACAGGCCAAGGUGGUCAGGUAAGAAUUCACCUGGCCUGUGGGUCUGUGCACGGGGGCUGUGCAGGAUGAAGUACCAAGUCGCAGGACAGGCAAGGACUCAAACAGCAGGAUUGUCAAGGGAUAACCGAGGUCAAAGGAGGCCAGAGGACAGAACAACGAGGAGUAGCCGAAGUCAAGGGAUGCCAGAGGUCAGAGUAAACGAGUCAGAAGCCGGGGUCAAUAAUAAGUAGCAGAUCAAACGACAGGAACACUGGUACGGAACACACAACAGGAUCAAAGACUUGAUCCUGAUCACAGGCCGAUGCUGAGUUUAAAUACCCUGCUGAUGUUUGAUCAGGGUCAGGUGGAGCACAGCCAUAGUCAAGGUACAGCCCCCAGUGUAGUAAAUAUGCCAGGAUGAACAGGACUGGAAUAACUUGUAGAUAAAUAAAGCUGCCGUGGCUCCGAGGUAGGAAGCAGGACAAGGACUCCCCUGUUGGGAACUCCUUCGGCGACCACAUCUGGCAGUCUGUCUGCUGUGGUGAGACAGGGAGGCUCUGCAGCAGAAAUGUAUCCAGUACAGAAACAAGGCAAGGCAAGGCUAGGAUAGUCACCAAACAUGAAAACAAGACAAAACUUGUAGAACCCAGAACCAGAGAAGGAUAGGAAGCUAAACCCAGAACAUGUACACAAUACAUAAGGGAAACAUUGACAUAACAUGGGCAGGACUGUACAUGGACUGGGAAUACAAACUAAAACAAGACAAGAUAUGAAUGGCAAAACAAGAGGAUAAAUAAAGUACUAUAUAUGAAAAUCAUGGGGAUUUAGUCACAUUAUAUGAUCAUACAUUGCAUAAGCCUGCCAACAAUGCCAAUGUACCCCAUAUCUAGCAGGGCCUACUCUGCCUAAUGCAAGCUAAACCAACCAAAGAAAACACACAUAGUACUUACCUGCAAGAAAGGGCAGAAGACUUGAGCAGCUGCCUGCAGGAACACUGAAACAAAAGGAAUGAUGGAAAACAAACUGGUGUGGCAACAUAAAACAAACAUUUAAAUGAAUCCAAGACACUUCCAGGGACGGAUUACAGGAAUGAACCCAGAAAAACCCAGCAUAAAGAAAACCAAACAUAGAAUAGAAAACCAAGAAAAGCUAAACAAGAAUUGUAAAAAGAGUACUGGAUACCAGAAGCCAUCACAAGACUUCUCUGCAGAACAUGGCAUUAUAUGACUACUAGAGGUGCUGCAGUGAGCAGCAUUGCCAUUGUGUCUUCACCCUCUGCAUGGAGACACUGAACUUUCCUCUUCGAGAUUAAUUUAUUCAAUGCAUUUCUGAGAUGCUGAUGGUCCAGGGCUCUGUUUGGUUGUGCUGGCCCCAUCUCCCUACCCCCAUGACACCCCUCCAUCCCUCCUGAUAUCAGUCCUGGAAUUCAUCUGAGAGGGCAGUAAGGAACAAUGGUACCCAAAUAUCCAUGUGUGUCUGUGCUCUAAUCUGCAAAAAACACUGUUCCUCCAGGACUCCAUCUUGGUUAACUGCAACAACAGUGGUGGGGCAGAGUCAUGUUUCCAGUACGUGGUAAUAAGUGCUUUUCAGUAUUUAAAAUGCAGAUAGUCAGGGAGUGUUUAUACCUGGAGGAGGGGGACCGGUGAUGCAGCAGGUAUUGGGCUGGUAAAAAGGGUGGAGGGCUGUUCAUUAAUUUGUCUAUGAUGGAGACGGUCUUUCCAGAAUGGCUCUAGGAUUGAGCAAUUCCAACCUCCCCUUCACACCUCUAGCCUUUUCCGUCUAGGUUGGGGUACACUCUCUUCAGGCAAUCAGGUGUCGGAUACCACUAUGUAAGGUCUUCAUAGGCUUUCUUAUUAGCAAUUGCGCAAUGGUGAACCAGAUGGAAUAUUCUGUGCCAUUGGUUCUCUGUGAAUGUUUCCCCCUAUGACCUGUUAACACUUCAGUUUAAAGGGGGACAGGGGUAUCCUCUGUUGCUGGAGCAUGGAAUAGAGGCAGGAUAUACUAUGUGGCAUGGGUCAUGGUCCUGACAUAGCAAUUUAAUGGGCGUGAGGUCCCUAUGAAUGGCAUGUUGUUGUGGUAUAGAGAUAACAAAGUCCUUAAUUUUGGCAUAUCUGAACAAAGUCAUGAAGUUUAUAGUCUGCCCAUCUGUCAUUGUUUGAAGGGGCAAGGUUCUCCAUCUUGCCAUUAUGUCAUGAAUCCUAGGCAUGGCCUGCAGAAGACCACCACGGAAGCCGCCCUAUCCUGGGCUCAAAGCCAUGGUUUUGUGCAAGUUGUGUGUGUAGACGGAAAUGAGGACAGGCCCAUUUUCUUUGCUUGUGAGUGCCGUUUUGUCAUGGUGGCAGUUAUAAUGGGUUGUUUCAACUACAGCAAUCUACUUGUGUGGGGGUUGAGCUAUAAUUUAUUAUUUAACUGUAAAUUGAACUUAUAUUGGUAAACAGCCAAUAUAACAACUUUUGUCAGUGUCCAAAUAUUUGCAGACCUUACUGUAUGUGUAUGUAGUGGAGCUGCUAUGAGGGAUCACAUGAUGCUGUCUUUUGUUGAAGGCUCACUCCCACCAGUGGAUAGGUGUGAGCCUGAGGUAAUGAAAACUGCUAUUAAACUGUCCUGUCUUAAACACAAAAACUGUAAGUGACAAAUACCUCUUCCCAUCUAAAUUCCCCAAACUUCAGUGAAACUAAUUAUAGUUUUUAGUGAAUUGGGCAACGCCCCUUUUGUAUUCCCCCCCCGCCCCCAAAAGAAACGUGGCAAUUGUUUCAGUAAGUGCCAAGGUACUUUAACUUUUAAUUUUUCCCUCUUUUUAGGACAGAUGAAAGGGAAAGGAAAGACUGUGAAAAUGCAUUGGAGGAUAAAACCAAGCAGGGUUUUGAUGAAGCAAAGGUUUGAUUUAUUUGUACAGGUUCCAUGUCUGAGACUUGAUUAUUAGGUCGAUUAGGAGCAAACGAAUACGUUUAUUUUUAGUAGUGUUAGUCUAUUCUAGGGAUUAAUCACAAAUGCCCUGAAAUUGCCAAAGUAGAAGGCCAAAGAUUGCUCGAGCUAGUGCUCAACUUUGUGUCCAAAUGCUGUUCCAAGUGGACUACUUGGUGAUAUUGAACUUAACUUAGACCUUUCCCUUAAUAAAACAUUAAUGUUCAUGUUUCUAGUACUGUACGUAGUAUUUUGUUUUCUGAGAUGGCAAGGGAACCUUAAUUUUCCACCUGAGCGUUAGUGAUUGUGUAAUUUACAUUGCUCUAAUUCUCAUACAGUUCAGUCUUGUAUUUAUGUACCAACUGCACACAAACUUAUUUCCCAAUUAUCUCCUUGGUGAUUAGCCUUAUAAUUCAAUUAAAGUUAAUCUGUCAUGGAAAAAAAAACUAGGUGGCAUUGCCGCUUUUUUGUUAUGGUAUAUCUCAACUAGUAUGUAAUUACAAAAAUAUGGUAUACACAGGUGAAUCUAUUACUUUGGGUCAGUGGUACAUAUAUUCUUGGCACCCAUUUGCACCCUUUAGUACCAGUUGAAGGGGCACGCCAGACCCCUAAACAACUUGAGCUUGCUGAAACUGAAAAGCUUUGUGUGAAGUGGGUUUUUUUUGUGUGCAAAACAUGCAGAUUUCAAUACAAACUGAUAUUUUUGUAAAUUAAGCUGGUUACACCCCAUUGACUUUAAGUGGAGCUAAACUAGAGAGGCAUCAACUACUCAAAACACCUGUCUUGCAAAUACUUCUCAUUGAGCUGUGAAGUCUCAUUGGACAGCAACAGGAAGCCUUGGCAUGGUUAGAAGGGGAGGGUUUUCAAAGACAGCAAACAAGAGAUCUGCAGGUUUUGCAAGCUGUUUCAGAUACAUCCCCAGGAAAAAAUGCAUAAUUCAAUGUAUACAUGUUUUCAUUUGGAUAUAUCUACUAAACAGUGAUUUUUAUGUAUUUGGGUAGUGGAGUUUCGCUUUAAGUAUAAUUUGUAUGGAACAAUGUACCUAGGCAUUGUUGAUCUACUUACUUGUUUGUUACUCUACAUAUUUUCAGGCUACAAUUUAUAGCAAUAUAGCAUAGCAUGCCACAUGGUAUGCAUCUUCUCGAACUAGUUAAUAAACUAUCAAUGUCUUCACAGUACCACAUCUCAUUCCGGUUGAACAACUUUAGGAUGACCUGGAAUGGAAGGAUUUGCAGCAUUGCUAUAUGGCCAUUAAAUCUGGUGGUCCAAUUUUAAGCAUGUUCUAAUCUUUUAAGGGAUGUUUCCUUAACAGUUUAAUCAAUAUGACUAAUGAUUUAGUCUUUCCUUGAAUAGUUAGAGGAAAAUUGUGGCCACUUUAUAUGCAUAGGGUCGGACUGGGAAUAAAAAGCAGUUCUGGAAUAAAUUGUACUAGUUUAGUGUGGAGCUAUAAAGUUGGGGGCGGGGUAAAAACAAACCUAAAAUUUUAAAUUAUUUCCUCCAAUAUGAAGCAGCACACUUGUAGGACUUCAAAAUAAAAACAAUAAUUAGUUUUUCAGUUGACAUGCAACAGAAUGCAUUCAACAUUUCAGCCCUAUUACCUUGAUUUUUUUUUUUUUGUAUAUCUGGUAAUAUUAAAGUCUCUCAAACCGAAAUAUCCCUAAACUAUUUGAGCUAUCUGAAUUGCUUUAGGAGUUUCAGGUCUCCUUUGUCACAAUACAUGAAAGUGCCUAUUUCAAAAGAAAUUUGGAUUUUUUUUUUAUGUAUGUGUAUAUAUAUGUGUAUAUAUAUGUGUAUAUAUAUGUGUAUAUAUAUGUGUAUAUAUAUGUGUAUAUAUAUGUGUAUAUAUAUGUGUAUAUAUAUGUGUAUAUAUAUGUGUAUAUAUAUGUGUAUAUAUAUGUGUGUAUGUAUUUUGUAUGUGUGUAUGUAUGUGUAUAUAUAUAUAUAUAUAUAUAUAUAUGUGUGUAUGUAUUUUGUAUGUGUAUAUACACAUUUGUGCAUAUAUUCUUUAUUUUUACUGAUGCACAACCUGACACACACACACUACUUUGACAAUACAAACAAUGUUCAGCAUGUGGUAUGAUCCCUCUCACUUCAUGAACAGUCUGCCACUGGGGACUGAUGUUAAAUAUGCUGGAGGCCUUGGCCCUGUGCAUUACAAUGAGCGACUGCACUUCUCUGCUAGUGCGAUCUAUCAGGAAGUUUUUUGGUAGAACAGUUUGGUCUUGUACAUGCAUGUAUUGGUUUGUAAAUACUGUUCACUUGAAAGCUCUUUGUCAGUAUGUUGCAACUUCUUAUACUAGACUCCAUGGCUAAUUUUGUAGGAUGUUAAGUAUAAUUAAAUAUAUUAACUUUCCAUUUUGUAGGCUUCAGAGAACCCAAACAAAAUGCCUUUUCCUUACAAAGUAUUGAAAGCGCUGGACCCAGAAAUAUAUAGGAAUGUGGAAUUUGAUGUUUGGCUGGAUAGUAGAAAAGGUAGGUUAAUUUUGGGAUCAAGACAAAACUUUGUCUAAAUAUAACCAAUACUACCAUAAAUUGGGUAAAGUAAAACUUGUACUAUGACCUAAACAUAAUUUUACAAAUUUAAAGUGGAUGUACUAACCAGUGGGCAGUAGUCCAUUGUCCAGGACAAGAGGGGUAGCUUAAAACAAAACUAAAACGUUAUAAAUGGAAAACAUGCAAAUAUGCAGUAGCAAAUGGCAAUUUAAUUUUGACAAAACAUUUUUUUUCCUUAAGGGAGACUUCAAUAAACAUCUGAAUGAGGGUCUGUCCGACUCAAACAUUUGAAUCAAAAGUUUAAAGUCAAACCAGCAAAUAUCAACUUAAAAUCUUAACAAUAAAUGAGUGGAACGCUUGAUGAUAUUUCUAUGCAAUAAUUGCUUACUGCUUAUUAAAUUAAAGGGACACUUUAGUCACCCAGACUACUUCAGCUCAAUGAAGUGGUCUGGGUGCCAGUUCCCUCAGGUUUUAACCUUUCACAUGUAAACAUAGCAGUUUCAGAGAAACUGUUUACAUAGCAGGGUUAAUCCAACCACUAGUGGCUGGCUUCCUUACAGCUGCCAGAGGCACUUCUGCGACGCUGGAUGUGAAAUUCGCAUCCAGCAUGCAGAACGUCCAUAGAAAAGCAUUGAGAAUGUGCAUUCCGCUCCACUCGGGAGCUGAUGUCGACGGGGGAGGAGAGGUCACCAGUGUCGAGGGAGCCCGGUGCUGGAUUAAGGUAAGCUGUUGAAGGGGUUUUUAACUAUAGUGAUCCUUUAAGUGUAGAAAUUCUGAUAUACUUGAAUACAUAAAUAGUGGAAUAAGAAAAAAAAAUACUAGUGCAGAUGUUACUGAUAUACAGAUGGAGUACAAAAGUAAAUAGGAACGAAAACUCAAUCUUCAGAGCCUGAGAAUUAAGGCUCUGUUGAAGCGCAGUGGUGUGGAAUACUCUCUCAGGAUAAAGCAGACAAAACAGAAGGAGCUUAUUAAGUAAUAUAUUUAAACACCAUUGAUGUCAAAGGUAUACAAUACAUGGACUCUCACCUUCUAUUGAUGCCUUGGCUCUAAGGUGGAAACACUUGGUGUCAAUAUUUAGGGGUGACACUCCCUUAUCUGGAAUCUGGACUAGUAGGCAGAUAGUGCUAAAAGUUUUAUUUAUUUAACAUAUAAAAAACAAUAAGCAGUAAAAUGAAAUGACAAGUCCAGUCUCUGUGUGCCAAAACUCGUUUAGCCGGUGUGGGCUUCCUCAGUUGGCUGAAAACCAAAAUUUCGAAAGUUUAAAGUGUCGUAACCAUUUAAUGUGAAUCUUAUAUUCCUUCAGACACCGAAAAUAUAAAAAUCCAAAUAAAAAAAUCAGUUUUAUUCAAUUCCAAAAGUGGGUGUAUCCAUAGUUGUCUUCUGUCCUAACCAGCCAGUCGAAAGUCUGCUAUGGAUUACAGGGCACACAGUUUACUAAAGACCUUUGCUCAUCAAAGCCAUGGUACAAGGAUCUUUAGAAACAACUCAAACUACUGGUAUAAUCGGAACUCCUCUUCUUUUGUGGUACCUAUUGUACAGCACUGUGGAAUUUUUUAUAAAUAAUAAUGAGCCUGAUGUGCGCGGACGCACGAGAGAAUAGCUCCCGCCAAGCAGAUAUAAUAAAAAGCUGAAAACAUAAAUUCUUAAGAAAAUGAGGAAUAAAAAAAGUUCGGUGACCCCUCACCACCACACAGAUUACAUGGCUGCCAAAAAAUCUGGAGAUCUGGACUGAUUUAUUUUUAAAGAAAAGGCAAGAAUCUUGACGGCGGACGCUGAAGACUGUCGGGACCUGCCAUCUUUACCUCGUGACACUCUGCAGGGCAUCCAGACAAGAUCGGAAAGAUCUAUUUGUAAUAAAUUUUAAAAAGCCUACCCUCAAGAGGAUCUGUCAAUGCUUACCAGAUUGGAGUCGACUUUCCAGGACCAGCUCUCUUCCUUAAAGACUGAAGUCUGCCAAAUGAGCCACCGGGUCUACGACCUGGAAGAAGAUAGGUAAGUGACUCAAUCACAAAUUCAAACACUUAAUCCUUACAAUCAGCAACCAACUCUCGACUGGCGCAUAUGACGAAACACAUAGACAAUAGAGGUCGUUGAAACAAUCUAAGGGUGAGGGGUGUACCCGAAAAUUAUGCACAGAGAGACUUGCAUAAAAAAACUUCCAUACGUCUUUAAUGAGAUUUUGCAAAAACCUCUAGAUACAGAAAUAUUACUUGACAGAGCUCAGUCAAUAAACCGAGAGGUCUGUCAUCCGACUACCCAAGAGACUUUGUCUAUACAAUCCAUUAUUUUACGUUAAAAGAAGAAAUACUACGGAAAGCAUGAUCAGCCACAUGCUUGCUGAAAGAUAACCGUAUUUCAAUAUACCAAGACCUGCCAUGGACCACCCUCCAAGGAAUGAGUGCUCUAAAGCCCAUCACAACUGCACUCUCAGACUGGGACAUUCGAUAUAGAUGGGGGAUACCCAUUCUAAAUCAUAGUAGGACACAAAGGACAAUCAUACAACAUAUUCUCAGAAGACAUACCAGCCUUUCUCCAAGCCCUGGGACUACCGACCAUAGACUUUCCAAAUUGGUACGACCCAACUCAGGCACUACAAACUACAGCACUGCCCCAAAGAAGGUGCUGGCUACCAGCUACAAAAAGAAGGGAACAGCAGCCGGGAGGGAGAGUGGAUUCAAACUCACCCAAGCAAUGACAGGCUAUGCCACUGACAUGAAAUGGUAG